AUGGCCAAGCUCUACCAUACACAGCUGGUAGUGUCGUCAAUCGCGGACAAUCUUGCCUGGAUCAUAGUGCUGAACAGGUUGACGGACGACGCCGCUCGAUGGGCUGGGCCCCACAUCAUCGACCUCGUGGAUGGCAAGGUCAUUUGGUCAAGUGUGGAUGCCUUUGAGACAGCUUUUGAGGCCCACUUCUGCGCAGUCGAUGACAAGAAGGCUGCGCUCACCAAACUCAUCAAGCUGUGCAAGGCAUCACAAAAGCUCGGCACGGCCAAGGACUACACAGCGAACUUCAACGCAAUUGCAGCGCGCACUCCGCUCUCCGAUGAGGACAAGCAGGCAUGCUACGUGGAUGGUUUGCUGUACAAGAUCCAGAACGAGUUUGCGGUCACGGUGCAUGAGAUCGACACACUGGAGAAAGCGCAGAAGGUCGCCCUUCACAUGGACCAGCAGUUGGCCGAACGU